CACUCUCUGAAAAACUCUAUCCAGUUCCAUCUUUCAGGUAAGCCCCAAAUUCUUUUUCUCACUGUUUCUUCAAUUGUUAAUCAGUUUCUUCUAAAACGAAAUUCCUUGUCCAUUCCAUCUUCACCAUUUUUCCAGGGUCAGCCAAGAAAUACCCAAAGCGAAAAUGGCAAUGGCAAUGGCAAUAACAACAGACAGUGGAAGUAGUGGAUGGAGCAUGGUAUCUUUAAAGUCAGCUCUGCCGCCACUCACUUCCACAACUUCUUCAAUUAAAUUACCAUGUCGCCGUCGUUCUACCAAGUGCCCUCAGCUUGUCCGUUCCUUUACUGCUCUCUCUCCUGUCAACCCUCUCCAUUCCCUUGGCUUCUCUGACCUCAACAACUUUGAGCACAAUUUCACCAUAAUUGAUAAUGGUUGUCGAUUUUAUGCUAUGAGGCAUGGAAGAAGAGUACCUAAACUCAACAGGCCUCCGGACCAGCGACGUGCACUCCUACGAGGCCUCACAACUCAGCUCCUUAAGUAUGGUCGGAUCAAAACUACCAGGGCCAGGGCAAGCGCUAUGAGGAAGUAUGUUGACAAAAUGAUCACCUUAGCUAAGGAUGGUUCUCUUCACAAAAGGAGGCAGGCUCUUGGCUUCAUUUAUGAGAAACAAAUUGUGCAUGCCCUCUUUGCUGAGGUGCCAGACAGGUAUGGUGACAGAAAUGGUGGAUAUACAAGAAUUAUUAGAACCCUGCCUAGGCGAGGGGACAAUGCACCAAUGGCAUACAUUGAACUUGUAUAGGUACUUUCUGUUCUUAAGGAACAUUGCAUGAUUGUAUGAACAGUUGCCUGUUUUGAUAUACAUUAAUGCAGAUGGACAAGGUUUGUCUCUAUUUUUUUUUUUUUUGAAGAUCAAGGUUUGUCUUUAUUCUUCUUGUGUUUACCUUCAUAUGUAAGUUCUUUGAUUCUAGAUGAUGUUUUAGCUAAAUUUUCGUGCCACUUUAAUGUUCGUUGAA